AGUAGUGCUGGUAUAGCCGUUUCUUGACGCUGGACCGACUUGCACGUAGCAGCGAGAGUGAGGAGGAAUACUGUCUAAUCUUUGGAAUAUUACACGCGUGGAUGUUUUCGGGGAUGAUGCAGGAGUCUUGAAAUGAGAGUGUGAAAUGGUAUCAGUUCAGAGAGAGAGGAUCACUUCUUCAGCCUGUUUGAUGACAACGAGCAGUACGGCUCUGAGGAAAAGCUGCUGCUGCAUUCAUAAACACUUCUUUAGGACUCACAACAACCCCUGAGCUUUGUUUCGGGGUCAUUAAACGCAACAUUUCCCUGUUGUGCACGUGUGUUGACGAUGGCUGAGAAAGGUAACAUGAACUUAGAGCACCUCGGUGGAGUUGUCAGGCUCCGAGAGGAACACCAGAAGGUGGUGAGAGACUGUGAGAGUCGGAUCCAGCACUGGAAGAAGGUGUCAGGCGACUAUGAGGCCCUGAAUGAGCGCCUUCAAACUCUGCCUGACCAGCUGUGUUAUGACAUCAUGGUGCCGUUUGGCUCUUUGGCCUUCAUGCCCGGGAAGCUUGUGCACACAAACGAGAUCACAGCGUUGCUCGGGGACAACUGGUUCGCCAAGUGCUCUGCCAAGCAGGCUCAGAAACUUGUUGACCACAGGAUGACAUAUGUGAAGAGACAAAUGGACGAUCUGGAAAAGACGAUGAAGAACUUUGAAGCCAGAGUGGGUUUUACGAAGGAUUUGGAGAACAUCUCAGCCAGUAAAGGAGACUAUGUUGAUAUCAGAGAGGCAGACGGAGACAGGGAAGCUGCUCUCACCAAAGGAAAGCACAGAGUAGCUCACAAACCAAACUCCAAGCCCAAGUUUGAAGUGGUCUUGGAUCUUAAAGAGGAGGAAGAGGAGGAGGAUGAAGAAGAGAGCGGAGAUGGAGAGAGCAGAAAAAGCGUCCUGACGGAGGAGGAGCUGUGGGCUCGGCUGGAUGAGCUGGAGAAACUGGAGGAGCUUCAGGACGAGCAGGACAGGUUUUCAGAUAACGCAGACAUGAACGGUGAAGACACGUCGUCCCUCUCUUCAGAGGAGGAGAAGGAGGGAGAGGCUGCACCUCAAGUCAACGGGCUGAGCCUGAAGCCGAGCUGGACGUCUGCACCGCACAGCGAAGCUCCGCCUACUGUUGACAGGAAGGAGGAAGAAGAGGAUGAAGAUGAUGUGGAGGACAGCAGCUGUCUGCCAACCAUUUUCUUCUCUCACACAGUUGAACCCAAGAAGGUGAGGAUCAACACGGGAAAGAACACAAUGCUGAAGUUCAGCGAAAGGAAAGAACAGAAGGAGCACUCAAAGAGGAAAAAGAAAAAUGGACACAACGGACACUCCCACCACGAACUUCACAAAAUCACGACACCAGCAGAUAUCUACAAGUUGUUUGUGGACGUGAAAAACGGCGAGCCCGUCCCGAGAAAGUCCAUCCUCAAGUCGCGCAGCCGAGAGAACAGCGUGUGCAGUGACACGAGCGAGAGCAGCGCCGCAGACUUCGAGGAGCGCCGGAUGAUCGGACGCAGCUUCAGCCACGAUGACGCGAUGCACAGCGACACCAGUGACGGCAUCACAGAGGAGGACAGCCCCACGGCAGUCCCACUGCACCCUGCAAGCAGAUACGAGGCUUUUUCAGGUACGGUGGUAGAAAAGGACCCGAUGCCUUCAGCUGUCCCUCACCUGACCAUCGUCCCUCCGGCUCUGCCCACCAUCCUGGAGAGGAAACAAGAGGAAGUGACGCCCGACGUUGCACCGCCAGAACAAGCUCCAAAGAGGGUGUCCAAGUUCAAAGCUGCCCGGCUGCAGCAGAAGUGACAAACGAACAUCCUCUUUCCACUUGAACUCCUCGUGUCUGUUUUUUUUUUUAAAAGCCUUUUGGUUUCUUUUCUACAACCGAUGAACCGGACAAACUAUCCUCUCCUCUCUGUCAGAUUCUCUUCCUUCAGUCUAACGUAACUGAGUUUGAAGUUCAGUGAAGAAAAGCACAGCAGCAUCUUCAACCAAUCUCUGUAUGCACGCUGCUUUUCAAACACACCGUGAUCACUUUUUAUGCUAACCUUUCUAACACUUCUCUUCACAGCUUCUCUGACACCUGUUGAACUGAUUAUCGUCUGUCACAUGUUUACCUCUCUCCUGCUUUUGUCAGCCCUUCCUCCCAGUUUAGGUCAGUAUUUAGAGACUGCCUGUUAGGAUACGUUGCCUUUUCUUUCUUUUUCAUCAUUAAACAAAAUCAGGUGCCGCUAGCUCUUGUUUGACCUGCCUAAUGAAUGUAUGUUAUCCUUUGUGAUGAGCUUUAUGUAAAGACAAAAUAAUAUUAUUGGAAACUAAAUGGAAAAUAAACCAUUUUGGCUACAACCUGA